AUGACGGGUCCAGAAGAUCCAGCACCCUCGUCGUCCACGCCGCCACCGGAACCGCGCCCAACCAACGUCCACCGUCCUGUCCAUUCGGGCAGCCGUGGCAGCGGCACCAUACCGCGCGCCAUGCUCGACGACGACUGUCCCUUCUGCGACAUCGCCGCCGCUCACAGGCCCUACGACCCCCGUCACCCACCGGCCUCGGUCGAUGUCGAGCUCACGUCGCCGACGUCCUUCAUCGUCCUCUCGACGCCCUCCCUCGUCGGCUUCCUAGACAUCAUGCCCCUGUCCCCGGGCCACCUGCUCCUCUGCCCGCGACCGCACCGACCCAAGCUCACGGACGCGUCCGCCGCCGAGGCCCGCGAGCUCGGCGCCUACGUCCGCGUCCUCUCGGCCGCCCUCGCGCGGGCCACGGGCGUCGACGACUGGAACGUGGUCCAGAACAACGGCGCAGCCGCCUCCCAGGUCGUGCCGCACGUGCACUACCAUCUCAUCCCGCGGCCGGACAUUCGCGCCAGCGGUCGCUUCCGCGAGAGCUUCACCAUGUUCGGCAAGGGUCGCCGCGAGGAGCUCGACGAGGAGGAGGCGGACAAACUGGCCUCGGCCAUCAGGCGGGAGGUCGCCGCCGUGCUAGAAGAGGACAUGGACAUGCCCAAGCUGUAA